UCUCACAGUCACUGACAGAAGUGAAAGCAAAUUGGGAUUAUGGGUUAGUGAGCAAAGGGCAGAGCCACGGAGCCAAACUAGCGAGUCCCGUCCCUUAUGGCUUGUUGGAAGUUUCUCCUGAUCCUUGUACUGCCGACAGCAGCAGGGUUUGUUUUAGAUAUUACUGCUUCUUCUCCCCAACAUGCUCUUUUGGGAAAUGAAGUUCAUCUCAGAUGCACCUUCUCAGUGGCUAAACCUCCUAUAAACCCACUGUUCCUCGCUGUCUUCUGGUACUUUCAGGAUACGGAAAUCCUUAGAUAUGAUAACAAAGGUUUGUCCAUCAGCCCAAGAGUUACAUUCAGUAAAGAGGCAGCAAAUAAUGGGGAUGUCUCCUUGUCUCUGGCCAACGUGACCAUCUCUGAUGGAGGGCUCUACAAGUGCCUGGUCAUAUACAGCCCAGAAAAGAUGGAGAGGGAGGUGUUGUUGGAGAUCUUUGUUUCACCAGUAAUACAGAUCCCAAAUAAAGUGAUUCAGAAGAAUAAGGAGAAUACUUUGACUUGCAUGGCCAAUUGUUUCUACCCUGUGGAUAUCAAUAUAAUUUGGUAUAAAGACAAUGAGCCCCUCACUAACUCUGAGUUGGGCAAACCAGAGAGGAACCCAGAUGGCACAUACAGAGUGAUGGGCACCGUGACUUUACCCCCAAUGGAUGGGAAGAUGGACCAUAACUUCUCCUGCAAAGUCCAACAUGCCUCUCUCCAGCAGCCUCUCCAGGAAGACUUCCAGUUGGAGUAUGAAGAUGAAAGUAACAGCUCUAUAAUUGUGGCCUGUGGCAUUGCUGUGGGGAUGUUACUAGUUGGACUGGUUAUGGGCACCAUAAUAUGGAAUCAGAGAAGAAAAGCAUCUCUACAGGGUUACACAGUGAGUGAGAUUAAAGGACCAGAGAAGUUGUUGGAUGGAGAAGAGACAACUCUGUACUGUACGGUCAGUAACUGCCCACAGGAGGACCCACAGGUCACAUGGAUUGAGGAGAGGUCAGGAGACCAGUGGGAGAUACCACAGUGUCGGGACCCAGGGGAAGCAGAACAGCUGUUGGGUGACUCCUACUUGAUCACCUGUAGGAAAGAGGGGCUGCAAAGCUACUGCUCCUCCCUGAGAUUUGUACCCCGUGUGGGGAAACACAGAGACGUGACCCUUAUCUGCAGGUUUGUCUGUGCUGAGAAGACUAAGGAGAAGAGAUUCCAUUGUACAAACAUUUAUGCCAAACCAGCACAGGUAUCAGUGGUCCCAUUUCUGUGUGAGUCUGGGGAGAUCCUGUACUCUCUCACCCUGCGGGGAUUCUACCCCAGACAUAUCUCCAUCACAUGGACCUGUGGGGCAGGACAUUCCCAAGGCAGAAUAUUAUCUAAAGAACAAAUUGAGGUGAAACCAGAUCUCACAUUCAGUGUGUGCAGUGAGGCCAGAAUUAGUGGGGACCUGUAUAAAGAUCCGGCAUUCCGAGUGGGUGUGACCUGGGAACAUGGAUCCUUGGAUGCACCGGGAUACAGAGAGUUCUCCAUACUGGGUCCAGAAUUCCCUUGGGACCCCAUUGUGGAACUAAAACAGGAAACUAAGUUUCUCCAUAACAUCCCAACCACCCUGCAGUGCAACAUCUCCGAGUAUUUCCCUGAUGCCCUGACAGUGACGUGGCUGAGGAAAGGGGCAGAGAGUGAGGAACUAACAGAAGUGCCCAAUACUCACCCAUAUAUAAGGUCCAACAAACAGACAGAUAACACCUACAGUUGCACCCCCUGUCUGAUCAUUUACCCCUCAGUGAGAGACCAGGGGGCAGAAUAUAUCUGCAGGGUGACACAUCCCAGUCUGGUCAGACCCAUAGACACAAGUACUGGCACCAUCAAUGUCAUGGCUAAACCCAUGUUCCUGGAUCCUGUACAAAUGGAUCUUCUCACUAACGGCAGAAUUCAGUUCUCCAUCACCCUACGGAACUUCUACCCCCGAGAUAUUCACAUCAACUGGAGCCAAGGGGAGAAAGAGGCAAAGUUUAAUCAGGCUCACACUGACACAGUAACUCAACAACAGGAUCUCACAUAUAAUAUCACCAGUGUCUGUAGCCUCCCUGGGCAUCUGUUCAGCAAUCCUGAAUAUAAAGUCCAUGUGACCUGGAACCAUGUGACUAUGGAAGCCCCUGAAUCCAGGGAACUGUGGGUAACAGAUUUGCCCUGGCGCCCACAGGUAGGAGAGAUCCUGGUUCCUACACUGGGUAAGAAGAAAGUGACACUGAGCUGUAAGAUCUCUGGGUAUUUCCCUGAUGCCCUGACUGUCAGCUGGUUCAGGAAGGGGAAAUCAGACCAAUCAGAGGAUCCACUGUCAAAAGUGGGUACAUUUCUCUCCAACUUGUUUAGAAAAGAGAAAGGAGACCAGUUAAAGCCUGACCUGACUGCCCAAUGUGACGGAUCAGUGAUUACUGAUAUAUGUACCAAGGAAAAAGAGGAACAGUCAGAACUUACCAUGUCUCACUAUUCUGAUUGGUCACAAAUGACAGAAGUAUAUAAGGAGGAGGAAAAAGAGGACCAAUCAGAGACCUCACUGAGCACCAGACAUUAUAAAGUAUCUGAGGCCAAAUCCCAGAAGCAGGAGGAUCAGACAUUUACAUGUGAAACACAAUUAACCUUCUCCCCAGACCAGAAGACUGACCAAGGAGCUGAAUUCAUCUGCAGAGUGAGACACCCCAGCCUGGGGCAGUUAAUAGAGAGAAGGACGGGGCCAUUAGUGAUCCCUCAAUAAUCCCUAUUCCUGCUCCAUAACUCACCAAAUAUGUGAGUUUCACUUGUUACCUCUUUGUAUAGUUACACAGUAGUGAUGUGAGGGUUUUCCUGACCCGCACCCGACCCUAACCCACCCUGCUGCAGCCCGCACCCACACCCCCCGCCAAUGAUGUCACAAUGACAUCACAAAAGGGGUGGGGAGAGCAGACGCGAGACUAUAAAACCUGAACCCAGA